UGGUAAAAAUCUGAUCAAGAAAACCUUUGGUAAUGAUUUUAAAAUUACACAAGCCUAUAUUAACGAGCUGUUGAAGUGGCCACAAAUGAAACCAGAAAAUCUACGAUUAUUGUGGAAGUUUUCACAACAACUCCUUACAUGCUUGAAUGCUAGUACCGAUAUAUAAGCUAUCUAAAUGAUUUGAACAAUCCCCAAAAUCUGAGGUGUCUUAUGGAAAAGUUACCCUUUUCUAUGAGAGACAGAUGGCGUAGAAAAGCACAUAAUUGCCAAAUUAAUGAAAAUCGAGAAGCAAGAUAUAAAGACUUCGUUGAAUUUGUUAACUACGAAGUGGACGUCAUGACUGAUCCAGUGUUUGGCAGAACUCUAGACAAAACUCCUGAAAGGGUGUCCAGACCAACAGACUAUAAACUAAAACAGUACUUUGGUACAGGCAUUAACAGGCCACAGCAAACUUCUGUGCCUGUCAAAUCGGUUAAUCCAUACAAUACAGAGAAAUGCGAUUACUGUUUAAAGGGACAUAACCUUGACCUUUGUCAAGAUUUUAUGAAACUCUCAUAUAGUGAUCGUCGUAAGUUCGCUAUAGUAAACAACAUGUGUUUCGGUUGUUUAGGAAGAUUUCACGAAAGUAAAAACUGUAGAUUUAAACGAACCUGUCGUAAAUGUGGUAAAAAUCAUCCUACUGUUCUUCAUGCAGAUUAUUUUACUAAUCCAUGGCUUAACGCUCCACCAGCAUCAUUGCAAGCCAGUGGUGUUAGUUAUCAACUGCCAUCAACACCUUUUAACGCUCAAACAUCAAACGCACAUCAGCAAAUGCAGCCACUUCGACAACCAUCACAUUAUCCUUAUCAACGUCCACCUAAUGCCAUGUAUCAACCUAACGUCAAUUAUGGAAAUAGAAAUCUAUCAACACAACACAACGCAUCACAACAGAAUAUUUCUCGCCCAAAUCAGCUAAGUAGUAAUGUGCCUAAUUUGAGUAAUGGUUGUAUUGACACUAGUAUUGCACCGAAUACUGAUCGAAUAAUCAGUCAUUGCACUGAUGAUGAUUUUGACGUAAUGAUGUCUAUUGUACCGGGUAAAGUAAUUAGUAAAGACAGUAACGCAAGUAAAAUGACUUAUAUUUAUAUUGUAUAUUGGAUGAUGACGUAAAAUCAGACCUCAACGUUGAAAGUAUCCCAACGAGAGUUAAUUUAGGAACAAUGCAUGGACAUAGUGAAAUUGACAGUCGUCUUGUUAAAAAUCUACAGGUCACUGAUUUAACUGGAACGAAUAUUAUAGAUUUACCGCCAGUUUAUACCACGUCUGAAAUUCCUGUAAGUUCCUCUAAAAUACCAAGACCGGAAAUUGUAAAGCGCUGGGAUUAUCUUCAAAAUAUCUUAAUUCCAGAAUAUUUCCCUGACAUCAAGGUUGGAUUGUUAAUUGGGACAAAUUGCCCUAAAGCCCAAGAGCCAUUAAAGGUGAUACCGAGCCAGAACAAUGGACCUUAUGCCGUACUUACUCGACUUGGAUGGACCAUUGUGGGACCUAUUAAUGCAGAAACGUCAACAAAAAUGUUAGACUGUAAUCGUGUCUUCAUUAAAGAUCUGAACAGUAAUAUCAAUGGUCGUCAAGUGAGCAUUGAUAACCAGAUACAUGAUAUUGACACUUGCAAAAUGUUUGAACAUAUUGUUGAAAAUGACUUUACAGAUUAUAAUUGUAAGGAUCCAGCUUAUUCUCAGGAAGAUAAACAAUUUCUUCAUAUCGUGAACACCGAAACUAAACUUGUAAAUGGACACUAUGAAAUACCAUUGCCCUUUAAGGACACAAACUUGAAUAUUCCAAAUAAUAAGGAAUUAGCUUAUAAACGUUUACAAUCUUCGAAAAACAAAAUGGAACCCUACCCAGAAUAUAAGCAUGAUUAUUGUGACUUUAUUUCUGAUUUGCUAAACCAACGAUAUGCUGUGAAGGUCCCAAGCGAACAAUUAUAUGUGCCUGACGGACAGAUUUGGUAUGUUCCACAUCAUGGGGUGUACCACCCAAGGAAACCGGACAAACUUAGGGUAGUGUAUGACUGUAGCGCCAAAUGGAAUGGCCUUUCAUUAAAUAACUGUCUUCUUCAAGGACCAGACUUUGCUAAUUCUUUGAUUGGUGUUUUAAUUAGACUACGUGAACAUCCUGUCGCUUUCAUGGCAGAUGUCGAAAAAAUGUUUUAUCAAGUCAGUGUACCGCCUAAGGAUUGGAAUUAUUUACGUUUUCUCUGGUGGCCUAACGGUAAUACAACUCAACGUCCAGAAGAAUAUCAAAUGACAGUUCAUAUUUUUGGAGCGGUCUCGUCUCCAAGUGUGGCCAAUUAUGCGCUCCAGAAAACAGCAGAUGAUAAUUUUCUUUUUGGUUCAAAAGUGAUCGAAUCAAUUAAACGUGAUUUUUAUGUUGACGAUUUGCUAAAAUCGUGUGAAACCGAGCAAGAAGCCAUUGAUCUUGCUAAUGAUAUAGUGCAUGUUUGUGCUCUUGGUGGUUUCAAUUUGACCAAGUUUACCAGUAGUAAUAGAACGUUUAUAAACAGUAUUACAGAAGAUAAACGUGCUAAGAAUAUUAAACAUUUAGAUAUUAAUUACGAUGAUUUGCCAGUCGAACAUUGUCUUGGUGUUCGAUGGUGUGUUGAAAGUGACAUGUUUACCUUUAAUAUUCUACUCAAGGACAAACCAUUUACUACUAGAGGAAUUCUCUCUGUGGUUGGAUCGAUAUAUGAUCCAUUGGGAUUUUUAUCUCCUGUGACCUUGGUGGCCAAACGAAUUUUACAGGAACUCUGUUCAUUGAAGAUUGGUUGGGAUGAUGCAAUUCCGGAAAACUCUCAACAAAGGUGGAUUAAAUGGAGAAACCAAAUUUUCAAAUUAGAUCAGCUGAAAAUUGAAAGAUGCUUACGCCCUCCGGAUUUUGGAUUAGUAGUAAAGCGCGGCAUCCAUAUUUUCUCUGAUGCAUCUUCCACUGGAUAUGGAUCCGUUUGUUAUCAACGGAUUGUUAAUGAUCAGGGCCAGAUUCACUGCGGCUUCCUUAUUGGUAAAUCUAGACUAGCUCCUUUAAAACAAAAAACAAUUCCUAGGUUGGAGCUGUCAGCAGCAACGAUUUCGGUGAAACUCAGCAUCAUGUUGUUCAACGAAUUAGAUUUAGCGCCACACACAGUAACAUUUUGGACUGAUAGUACCACAGUCUUACAGUAUAUACGUAAUGAAUCAAAACGUUUUCAUGUUUUUGUGGCAAAUCGCAUUAGUUUCAUCAGGAGUUCAACUCAAUUAGAACAGUGGAAAUAUGUAAACACAAAUACUAAUCCUGGUGAUUUAGCAUCCAGGACAACCACCGCAGAUAAUUUCGUAAAAGACCCACGUUGGCUCAUGGGGCCGGAGUUUUUGUGGACAACUGAAGAUACUUGGCCAGAACAACCAAAACUUUCUGAACUCAGUUCUGAUAACCCAGAGGUCAAACGUGAAAUCGCAACACUAGCUACUAUCAACACUGAUAUUAAUCCGGUCAAUAAGUUAAUCGAGCACUAUUCUGAUUGGUUCCGCCUUAAACGUUCAGUUGCCUAUAUGCUUCGUUUAAAGGAUUUAUUACGUAAACGUGUAAAGGAUAUUAAUGCUGUAGAUCAAGAUAUUCCCGCUGAAUUAGCUGGUGCACAACGCGAACGCUAUGUAAGGGAUAAAACAUUAGCGAUUAGGAAUUCUCACACACCCUUCAAGGAACUUAACGUGGAGGAACUUAACGCAUCAGAAAACGCUAUUGUGAAAUUUGUUCAGUUUAAUUCGUUUCCUAACGAGAUACAAAUACUCAAACAAAACGUUCAAAAUAAUAAUCGCCACAAAAUUGUGCCAAGAACCAGUUCAUUAUACCGACUUGAUCCAAUUAUUAGCGAAGGCCUACUUCGGGUAGGUGGACGUUUACGCAACGCAGACCUGUCGGAUAAUGUUAAACACCCAAUUAUUUUACCUCGGAAUGAACAUUUUACCAACUUAAUUGUGAAUGAUAUUCAUCGGUCUGUAGCACAUGCUGGUAGAGGUCACACUAUAGCUAUAUUACGUGACAGGUACUGGAUCAUAAAUGCAAACUCAGCUGUUCGUAAUAUCUUGUCCAAGUGUAUUACAUGUCGUAAGCUUCGUGCACCCAUAAUGAAUCAAAAGAUGUCAGAUCUUCCAAAAGACCGUGUCUCCUCCUUUUACACGAGUGGGCGUGGAUUACUUUGGACCAUUUACUGUGAAAGAAGGUCGCAAAGAGCUUAAACGUUACGGCGUAGUUUUUACGUGUUUGAGUAUUCGUGCAAUACACAUUGAAAUAGCCUCGUCCCUUGAUACUAGUUCUUUCAUUCAAGCUCUACGUAGAUUUAUUGCCAGGAGAGGCCAAUGUGAAGAAAUAAGGAGUGAUAACGGAACUAAUUUUUGUGGUGGUGAACGAGAAUUACGGCUAGAAAUCAAUAAAUGGAAUCAACGCCAAAUAAACGAUGAACUUCUACAACGAAACAUCAAGUGGACCUUUAAUCCGCCAGCUGCGAGUCACCAAGGAGGUGUCUGGGAACGCCAGAUACGGACAAUUCGUAAAGUAUUGAACUCUCUGUUAUUAACGAACAGUAAUCCAACGUUAACCGAUGAAUCUUUUCGUACCUUUAUGUGCGAGGUGGAAGCGAAAGUGUACAGUCGCCCUUUAACUUUCACCUCAGGCGAUCCUAGUGACUUGACCCCAUUAACCCCUAAUCAGUUAUUGACAAUGCGUUCUAAAUGGCUUUUGCCCCCAGGUUUAUUUCAACGUGAAGAUAUGUUUGCUCGCAAGUAUUGGAAACAAGUUCAAUAUCUUGCAGACUGUUUUUGGACAAGGUGGCAAAAAGAAUAUUUGUUGACGCUUCAGGAACGUGUUAAGUGGUCAAAACCUCAAUGUAAUUUAUCAGUAAAUGAUAUUGUGUUAGUUGUAGAUGAAAAUGCCCCUAGAAACCAGUGGUCCAUGGGACGUAUCACUGAGACUGUUAAUGAUGCUAACGGUUUUGUUCGAAGUGCCACAGUUAAGACUCAAAAUUCAGUAAUGCGUAGACCUAUAACAAAAUUAGUAUUAUUGAUACCUUAAGUGUUUUAAUAUGCGUACACAGUUUUAUUGUGCAUGUUUCUGUGUAACUUAUUUGUUUUUCAUUCUUCCGUAACUUUUUUGUUAAACAAUAUGAUUGUUUAAGGGGUCGGUAUGUUACGGCAGAAUGCCGUUUCCUUUCUUAUUUAGUCCAAGUCUGUAAUUUGAACGUAACGUAAUCCAAAUCCGAAAUUCAUACUCAACCGGUAUUAGCGAACGCCAUUGAUGUGCAGAAAAACGGCAUGUGUUUUAGAGACCAUGCAUUUCUAACGCCUGUUACCCUCUCACAAGUUUGAAACCGUUCUUCGUUCUCUCUUUCAUCACACAAUCAUUCAACGUUCAUGUAUUCAGUAACGUAUAUAUACUUACCUUCAUUGUCAUCAUAAUGAACGAGUUUAUCAAAAAUGGGUACAGGAAUAAACGAAUAAGGAUUGAUUUUUCUACUUCGUUUUUUAUUUUUAACGAACCGUCAUUGCAGGAGCAAAAAGGCCAAUUGCCUACACAUGAACAUAAACAGUUCAUAUGGGCGGCUUAUCUGACGGUCCCAUUUCACUCACAAAAAGAUACACCAUCAAAAGUGAAAAUGGACGUUUUUGAUUUUUGUCAUAAUAAUGAGUAAUUGCUCCACCAAUCCUCAGACAUUUAGCAAUUCGUCGUGACAUGCUCCUAAUCAACCGUAUAAUCACGAUUUGGGGCAAUCAGACCCACUCCUCUUGCAGUGGCACUGCCAAUUCUUGCAGUGUUGUCGGUUGGCGUUGACGUCGACGAACACGUCUCCCGAUCAAAUUAAACGAAACACACUAAAGCAAAGAUACGCUAAACAGUAAAUCUUAUGCAAGAACCGAUAGGAAAGCAAACAUGGAUAGAUAAACCAGCACGCGGCAGUUUUCAUCAACCCUUCCUUGAAGUGUCAAACUUGACAAUGAACCCCUCCCACGUGUAUGGCGCUAUUGCGUGUCGCAUGUGCAGCUCAGUAGUUUCUGUUGGGACGAUAAGUUCUUCAUCUGUGAACAUACUCUCAAAGAAUGUUAAAUGUCCAUGACUAUUUAUCAUAUCACAACCUGCAUAUGUACAUGUAUUUGCAUUUCAUUAUCCCCUACUCAAC